CUUCCCCCUCACAAUUGAGGAAAGACCAGACAGAGACAACAUGAAGAUGCUGAUGUUGCUGGUGUUGGCUGUAGCAGUCUUGAUGGUUCCCAGUCUGUCUGAGGGACGGAUCCUCUCCAAAUGUGAGCUGAAGAGCUUAUUGGAGGAGGCGGCCUUCAAAUUCAACCUGACUGAGAAAGCCAGAGAGAAUUAUCUGACAAACAAGGACUUUGUGGCUAAAAUCGUCUGCCACGUAGAGAAGGCCACAGGUUUCAACACCAGUUUUGUGACUCCUUGGAGGGAUGAUGAUGGCCCUGAUGACAGCCCUACCCGCCCUGCUAAGGAUGAUAACCGCCCGACCCGUCCUACCCACCCUGAGCACCCUCCUAGGAGGGGUAAGAGACACGCUGGGGAUUCUCACGGGGAUUCAUCCAGCGCUGAAAGCCAUCAGUUCAGCUCGUCAAAAGAAGACUCCAGUGAAGAAGAGACCAGCGAAGAAGAGACCACGUGGACUCUCUACGGCUUGUUUCAGCUGAGCGAUCAUGUGAUCUGUGCCAACGGCUCCACUCCGUCUCUGAACCUUUGCCAGAUGAACUGCAGUGAUUUGAUUGACGACGACAUAAGUGACGACUUGGACUGUGUGGAGACAAUCAAACGGACAGUGGAAAGUGGGCCUGGUGAUCAUAAAAUGGCUCUAAUGAGAAUGUUUAAGCAGCUCUUCCAGAAGGAAUGUGUCAUGACGGUUGCCUCUAGCUACUUCUCCGAGUGUUGAAUGAGAAGCUAUGUAAGAUGAUGACCCCCCCCCAAAGUGUAUUUCGCAUACUAAUCGCUCACUCUCUAAACAAUACAUUGAGUUACAUAGGGUGAAUUUACACAGGCAGCUCAAUUCUAAGCUUUUGCCCAAUUAUUAACCAAUUGCAAAAAAAAGACCAAUGCCAAAAGAUCAUAAUUGAGCUUCCUGUGUAAAUGUAGCCAUAAUGUGUAACAAUUAGUUCUCAUCAGCCUCAUUUUCACAAAGUACACCAAAAUAGAAUGUACGUAGAAAGAAUAAAGUUUAACAGUAUAUUUC